UUGACACAAGAUGGGGAAUAGGUGAUCUACACAUGACUACAUACCAAAGUUAGCUGUUUCCAGCUGAACGUCUUCAAGACUUACAAGGAAAAAGGAUGUUCGUGGUGGUGGAGAUGGUGGACACCGUGAGGAUUCCUCCGUGGCAGUUUCAACGGCAACUCAACGAAGCUAUCGCGGAGGAACUCAACAAAAAGCUGGCCAACAAGGUAGUCUACAAUGUUGGUUUGUGCAUCUGUCUGUAUGACAUCACCAAACUGGAGGACUCUUACAUAUUCCCAGGUGAUGGGGCCUCACACACCAAAGUGCACUUCAGGUACGUGGUGUUCCACCCUUUUCUGGACGAGAUCCUGGUGGGGAAGAUAAAGUACUGCAGCCAGGAGGGGGUGCACGUCAGCCUGGGAUUCUUCGAUGACAUCAUUAUUCCACCAGAGUCUCUUCAACAGCCCGCCAAAUUCGACGAGGCUGAGCAGGUGUGGGUUUGGGAGUACGAGACAGACGAGGGAGCCCACGACCUCUACAUGGACCAGGGCGAGGAGAUCCGCUUCCGGGUUACUGACGAGCUCUUCCUGGACACCUCCCCCACUGGUCCUGCGGUCACGGCGACCGACACCCCCGCGGCCCCAGGGGCCGAGGACAGCGGGCAGAAGAAGGAGGCCCCGUACACGCUGAUAGGAUCCAUCAGUGAGCCUGGCUUGGGACUGCUGUCCUGGUGGAACAGCUAACGGCAGGGAAUGACGGACAGGAGAGCAAGCGAGCCGGCAGGCUCAAGGGACUGUCCGUUCUGCCUGGCCCCUCCCCCAGUGCAACUCCCGCCUGCUUGUGAUGAACUCGGAUAAACUGCGAUUGCGUGAUCUCAUUGGAUCCGAGCGGACGGUGCAAACAACUUUGAUGGACUGUGCAGUUGGAGCACUGAUAAUGCGAACGGCCUGUCCCAAGAGCAGCUAUUGGACAGGAAAUAUUACCCACAGUGAACGGCAGACUCAGACCAAGAAGGGCAACAGCGAUCAUUAAGACUUGACUUUGUGCAUUAUGGACACAGUCUGCAGGAAGAAGUGGGCUGUUUCUCUAGGUGUCCUGCAGAGUGAAGUGACUGAUUGUCUGAGAGCUGUAGGUCGUAUUGUAAAUACUGCUGUGACCAUAUAUAUAAACAGAUUGUGGCUCGGUGCAUAUUA